UCUUGUCAGGUUGCGGGAUAAAGGUAGACACAGGUUGACAGCACAAAAUACAUACACAGAUCUCUCUCUCUCUCUCCCGACUCCACUGCCAUCGUGUUAAAGAAACAAUAAUAAUGUCCAUUAGCCGGAAAAACUGGUCUGCUUUAUCAACGCUGACUCGACAGUGGACUGUGGAGGAUGAGGAAGAGGUGGAGAGAGAGAAACGGAGGAAGGAGAGGAGCUCCAGCACUGCUGCAGACCCCGAGAGUCCCAACGAAGAUGCCAAACCCAAGACCAGUAGUGGAUCAGCCGAUGCCUUUGACCCCAAUGAAGAUUCUGGUGGUGGUCUGGACCAGAUGCCGAUGGACUUUGUGGAGAUGUUGCGUGUCCGUGAUGAAAAUCGAAGGAUGAGGCACGUGGAAACUUUGAGGAGGCACAAAGAGGGAGACGGUGGCACCGCGGGGGACAGUUUAGAUGGAGAACCUGAUGUGGAGCUGCACAGAGAGACGCGGGACGGGGAGCGCAGAGAGAACGUUCAGCGGUGUGUGGAGGCCCUUAAGUCACCAGGGCCCUCUGUUAACUCGGAGAAGGAUGAGAAGCCUGAAAAUAGAAGCAGAAACCAAGAUUUGACAUCAGUGACUCCCAAGAAAUCAUCCCGAAAGUUUGUGAGCUCUGUCUCCUUCUCCUUUGAUAAGAGUCCUUCAUCGUCCCCGGCAAACAGCAGAGUGGUUUCACCCCUGAGCCCCAAAUCUCCGCCUUCUAUGGAUCCAUGGGCGGGGCAACCAUGCAGUCCAUUAAGUCCCACCCGCUCACGGACCGUCAGCCCCACACCAAAUGGAGACACAGCGAGACAUGAAAAUGGGACGACAAGCAAUUUCGAACCAGCCACAAAACCUGCGUUUACACGCUCGAGCUCCAGAACCACCUCUUUUAGGAUGAUUAAGAAGAAGGAAGAAGAAAGCAAGCCGUUACAGAGAAGUGCAAGUUUGAGGAUGGCUGGGAAAACCCAUGAAUCCAACACGAGUCCAGAACAAAAGGAUGAGCAGCAGUCGCCAUUUCAGAGAAACUCCCGACAAAGAAUAUCAUCUCGCUCCAUUCAGGAGAAGAUGGAAAGACUUGCUCAAGCCUCACAGAAAUGGGAGAUUGGAAAAUCCCCAACAGUUCCCAGGACUAGGUGUUUGGCAGAUGAGGUGUCACGUAAGAGGGAGCUGUUUGAAAAAGAACAGGAGAAAUUGGAGAAAAGCCACACAACUUCCAAACAGGACUUUCGCAGUUUUUCUUCUGGAAUUUCUGAACGGAUUAACCGAUGGGUUCAUCAUAAAACCUCAUCGUCGUCGUCACAUAGCCCUUCGGAUCUGAAACCUGUGAACAUCUCAAGUAAGAAAAGCUUGUUUGAAAGAGGAACUGAUCAGAAGCACAAGUGACAAUCUCAUGACAUGAAGUCAAAGUUCAUUCAUCAAUAAAUUAAACAUUUUUUUUUUUUUGAAGGAAUCUCAAUCACCACCUCUUUUGAUAAAGGAGCGACACUUAAAUAUUUCCAUUUUCGUUUUUUAUUGUACGUUGCUUAAUUCUUCAGAACUUUUUAAAACACGCUAAUUUUCAUAUUAUUUAUGGCAUCAUGUGUGUACUGACUGAUACUCAAACCUCCUUACGCCUUAAUAACAGACUAAAUAGAUUUGAAAAAUGUAAUGUUUUCAAAAUGCUAUCCUAAAAAUGUAAUACUACAUGAUUUAUUUUAUCACAGAAUGUACAGUACAUGUAUUAGGAGAGUUAUCAGGAGAAAAAAGCUAUCCUAUAAAUCAAAGUUCAACCACAACCUCUUUCAUUGUCAUUUAAAUGAACCCGCCUGAAAGAAGUUGUGAUGAAUCAUAUUUAAUGAAGCUGGGAAUCAUGCAAUAAACUCAACAAAUUAUCAAUUCAAUACUUGCCAGAGAAUCAACAGACCAAAACAAAAAAAAAAAAAAUCCGUGGCAAAAUGGAUGUGUCCUAUCAGGCCUUUGCUUACUAAGCAACGUUUGAUCUUUUCCAAUCCAACCAAAGCCUUUGUUUCCCAUUGUAUAUCUUUAAAAUAACUUGUCAUGUAAUAACUGCAUAAAUCCCAGAAGGGAUUAACAAGUGAAUGAAUAAAUAUUUUUUACCAGUGGUUACAAUGACUCAUGUUUUUUUAGUACUAUGCUUAACAACUUUGUAAUGAGGUCUGUUUUGUAAAGUGUUUAAUUAAAUGGUGAUUCAUAUCAAAUGACCAGGGACUUUUAACACCGUUUCAGUGAACAGUGAAUCAUUUUUUAAAUAAAAU